UGUCCCUCCUCCGACUCCGACCCAACAGGAAAGCCUGGCGUCCUCUUUUCCGCACCAUCGCCGCCCCGACUCGGCGUGGGCGAGACGUGGAUCUCGGCGGAGGAGACUCCGACCAUCGCUUUCCCUGUCCAACCAUGGCGGCCGCGGACUCCGACUCCACCUCCGCCUGCCCGCACUGUCAGCGGGAGAUUCCAUCUUCAAACAUUGAAUUGCACAGCGCGCACUGCGCUCGGAACCUUCAGAAGUGUGAGCAUUGUGGAGAUAUGGUUCCGAGGAAGCUUAUGGAUGAACACUACGAUGAAAACCAUGCUCCGAUGAAUUGCUCACUUUGCAAACACACAGUAGAACGUGAGAUAUGGGAUCUUCAUACAGGCAUACAAUGCCCACAAAGGAUGCUCGCAUGCCAAUACUGUCAGUUUGAAUUGCCUGCAGUCGAUCUUUUUGAACAUCAGGAUGUGUGUGGAAAUCGAACAGAAUAUUGUCAAAGUUGCAGGAAGUAUAUCAGACUUCGCCAAUGGAUUGGACAUGAACUCCAGUUCCAUACGAUUUUAAAUGCUGCAUCAGAACUUUCAAGUGACAGGACUCCAGCAGCAGCAGCCGAGCAGCCAGUACCAAAGCCAGCGCGACCUGCUACUGGUUCACUUAACAAACAACUGCUCUUGACGGUUGCAAUAACUGGAGUUGCAGUUUUGAUUGGAUCAAUACUGUACCAAAGUAAGGGGAAGUAGUUCUGGGGGAUAGUAAUUUGACGCCCCUUGAUGUAUAAAUUCCCUCAUAAGCAAGAGUACAGUUUAGAUCCAGUUGAGGAAAACAAAAAAAGAAGAAAAAUGGAGAGAGUACAGCUGAAAUGACAACAGUUAUGAAAGGACCGAUGAAACUAGGUUCUGUGGUCGUUGUUCUUUGUAAAUGGUAAUUUUCCCAUUAAACUUGUGGGCAUUGGUAAUCUAUGCAAAAAAAAUAUGUUCUCGUUUACAGCCGCAAGACUUGAAAUAUCAAAUAUCUUAUGGAUUCAUGGAAAAACUGUGACGUACGGUCAGUCAAAAUAAUAUGCCCUAA